UACUAAUCACUCUCUCUCUCCUUCUCCUAUUGGCUGAAAGGGGUUUAAGAUUUUUCUUAAAAAAUGGCCUUAAGGACCUGAUCCAACCCGUCCCGAAUCAAAACCGAAUAAUAUUACGCAUCGUUGUUAGAUUUAGUCCACACUACUACUUGUAGCUGUAUUAAACUUGUACUUUUCGGUCGAUCUUAAUUAGGAUUAGGUCGACCUAAUAUGUUGUUUCAGUGUAAAAACAAUUUCAUGGUGCCUACUUUGGAGAUUCGUAUCUUACAAUUGACUCGAUGAAAAUUGAAGAUUAAUGGCUUAUUUUGAAGAUGGAGUGUCACGCUACACAUUGAAGUGAUUGGGAGCUCGAUAGGAAGUCCAGAAGACCAUUUUAGAACAAUGAUCAAAAAGUUAAGCCAAAACUGGGAAACUGCUUGAAAAUUGCCAAGUCCGAGAAAGUGUUUGUGAAGUCUACUUUGGAGCUCAAUUCGAGAAGCAUGAAUGAGAUUCGAGUCCAGGGGCCUCUACCACAUAAAAGUAGGUAUGUUUGUCUACAAAGUCAAGACAUUUGAUGAAAUAUUGGAUAUAUCUGGAAGGCUUCAAAUAAAAAGUUCGAAGUUGCUACGAAGUAAGCUGUCUUCUAGCACAAGGCUGAAACAACAGGUUAUGACGACUUAAUCCUAUGUUAAAUCAACCUAAUUCUAUAUUAGAUCGGCCUAAAAGUACAAAUUACAGUGACAUGUCACCGUAGCAAAGUCCUACAUGGAAACCUUUUCACUCGCCUCUCUCCUUCUCUAGCCCUCUUUCGCCGCUCUCACCGUCCGAUUCAGAAUCGGAGAGAAACCCUCAAUUAGUGUUCUUUAAUUUGGAAGAAAGUUAGGAAGAAAAGGGGGGGAAAAGGUAUGGCAGGGGAUGAUAGCAGGGUCAGCGAUCUCCCCGACUGCAUUCUGCAUCACAUUCUCUCCUUCCUCGACACCAAAUCCUCCGUUCGAACCAGCAUUCUGUCCAAGAGGUGGACCAACCUGUGGAAAGGCGUCAAUGUCCUCCAUCUCCAGGCGAGCUCUUUCCCUUGUAAGUCGAGUCUGCAAAACCUCUUGUCCUCUCUUCGCUCCCACCAUACCGUUGUUGGAAACAUUAGCUUCCACUUUGGUGAGCGCCGGCGUGUGAAUGGGUCGACAUUAGACGAUAAACUGUUUGAUAUGGUCAUGGGAUUCGCUGAUCACCGUCUUGAGGUUUUGUCCCUCAACUCUACCGGCGUUGGCUGCUCGGUAGCCAAGUCCAUCGUCCGCCAUCAUCAUCGUCAGUCUCUCACCACUCUCAAGCUGGAGGUGGCUGCAAUCACCCCGCCCAAUUCACUGAUUGAUCUCGGAUUCACUAUGUUGACGACCCUGGAACUGCGCCGCUGCACGUUCAUUGCGUCGACGACGAGUAAAGAGGUGGUGAUGAUUUGUGAUCCUUUUGCCAAUCUCCCUAGUUUGAACAACUUGAAGCUGCUGGGUUGCUCCUCGCGGGUUCCCUUCAGAGUGUCCGGGGACAGGUUGUUGAAGCUCGAAAUUAGAAGCGACGAUCCUGCCUAUGAUUUCAAACUCGGAAUUGGGGGAGUGUCCGCUCCAAAGCUCGAGUCUUUUUACAUUUCGGGUCACGCAUAUGAUAUUCGCAACCUCGAUGUGGUGCACGUUCCUUCUCUUGCUCAAGCUAGUGUCCACCUUGAAUGGCCAAACCUGCCGUUUGGCUUUUUUGCGCGCAACAAGGAGAACAUGAAGAAAAUAGAGACGGCGAAUUGCGCAUUCACAAAGUUGUUGCGUGGCCUGCAUAAUGCAAAAUCACUCAUCCUAUGCUUUGAUACUCUUGGGCAGCAGAGCCAACAGAACUUUCUUCUGGCCAGAAUGAAGCCAUUGAUCGAGCAUGAACUCUCUUGUUUUACCAGACUGAAGACUUUGAAGAUUCGAUACCCAUGGGAGUCGCCACCAAGCAUGUGUGAUUGUUUGAAGGCUCUCUCCAUAAGUUGAAGAAAACUCUACUCUUGGUUUUGAGAGGAAACAAUUAUAGUGUUUGUGGCAUUUUGUCUAUUAUCUUCCUUUUGGUUUUAGUUCUUUAUGAGACUCUGAUGUAUGUUUGCUCCCAAGUAGAACUGGCAUAUGGGUUCUUAAGUUAAUUUCGUAGCAUUGGCAGUUUGCUCCCUCCAGUGUCUCUUCUUCAUUUGAUCUGCACUCAACCUCUGACUUUGCUGAAUCUUACCUUUUGCUUCUCCUGCUCUUUCAGCUGCUCCGUGAGCUGGUCAAUGAUCGAUUGGAGCUCUUUGAUUGAGCGAAACUUAGUUGAGCCAACUGUUCUCUUCCAUAAUUUAACAUUUGCAGCAAAGGAUGGAUACGGUCAUUUACUGUAAUGAUGGCCAUCACGCAAACCUGAGAUUGUAGCUUCUCUCCUGCAGAGAGCUGCUGUGUGACAUCAUCAGUGGUUCUCCUGCAAGACCGAAAGCUCUUCCACGAUUCCAUCUUUCUCAUGACAAUGCUGCAGAAAGGUUUCAAUGCAAAUCGCUCGGUUUGGACUCCUAUGAAGCCAACUAAGGCCCAUUCCCUUUCAUUACUAAGGCCCAGUAAGAUUGUUAUUAAAGAGGGUCACAAGAG